UCUAGUUUACUUCUCCUUUAAUGUGCAUUUCUCCUUUAUAAAAUCUAUAGCAGAUAUCUGUUUCUAUUAUAAAUUGUUUUGCAGUUGCCAAUGAAUGCUCCACAAUAGAGAGAAAAGACAAGCACUUUGCAAGUGCAGAGGAAAUUUCCAUUUGUGCUUGAAUGAAUUGUUUUACAACCACCUGAACCCACGGUUUGCACACAGGUCAAUAACACCAAUCUUUGCGUGAGUCAUCACAUUGUCUGCUUGGUUAUGAGAUCAUUUAGGGUGGAGGAGACUAUAUAAAGCAGCACAUUCAGCCUGCCACCAUCACUAUCCAGCCCUUCCACUGGAGAACCUGCCUAGUGUUGGAACCUUCAACAGAACCAUGUCCUUCUCUGGAAGAUAUGAAGUAGAAAGCCAAGAAAACUAUGAUGCCUUCAUGAAGCUUAUUGGUAUACCUGAUGAUACCAUUGAAAAAGGAAGAAAUUUCAAGUACACCACAGAAGUCAUUCAGGACGGCAAUAACUUUACGUGGUCCCAGAUCUACCCUGGGCACACAUUGACGAACAAGUUCACCACUGGGCAGGAAUCUGAAUUGGAAACCAUGUCAGGCAAGAAAUUCAAGGCUACUGUUAAUUUAGAAGGUGGAAAAAUUGUUGUUGACUUCCCAAAGUAUCAUCACACCUCUGAAAUUGUGGGUGGCAACUUGGUGGAGACGUCUGUGGCUGGUGGAAUCACCUUUAAACGAAUUAGUAAAAAGGUGGCAUAGAACAACCCCCGAGAUUAAAAUAUUUGCAAUUUUGCAUAUUUGAAGUAAAUAAAAUUUGAUAAUAAA